AUGGAAUACAUGGGCAACAGCUACUUUGUGCUAAAGAACCAAGUCAUCAAAGCUGAAAGGAGAAUGCUGAAGGUUAGUGGUUGUCAUCGUUGCCAUGAUAAAGCCCUGUUGCUAAGGGAAACUGCCAACGCAGUGUCGUAUGUAUGACUGGCUGUACACCCCCUUAGUGUAAACAAUGUGAAAUGUCUCACGUGCCCAAGCAUACAAAACAUCGAGCCUAUUGACAGGUGAUACGGGUUACAGCCCCUGCGGUAAAACUGCUCUUCUGUUAAGAGAGUCCACGGCAACUGUUAUAUGAUAGCUCGAUGAUAAGAAAUUGUUUCUUUUUUCAGGAACUUGGAUUUUGCGUCCAUGUCAAGCACCCUCACAAGGUACAAGUGUGGUUACCUUUUGUGAUGCAUAUUUACCAUAUAAUUAUGGGGCUGGUUGUGUUUCUUUCUUGUCAACCCUUUGACCCUUUAAGCCACCCCCAAGAUCUACAUACAAAUUUUCCAGACUUGUCUCCAUACAUUUCUUUUAAGAAUAGUUGAGAGAAUUUGGUUCAAGAUCAAAGCAUUCUCUCUUUGGUAAUCAAUUUAGUAAUUCUCAUAACCUUUUACUCUUGAUGAUCUGUUAAUAUUGUUAGGAGAAAAUUGAUGUUGGUCACUUUCGGGACCUAAAGGGUUAACUCCUAAUGGUGGCUAAAGAUAGAAAUUUGUUUUGUUAACUCCUCGUACAAAAUGCAAACGUUGGGGCAGAGGUUUCAUGCACCGUAAGAUUUCAUCCUCAGAUUUAAAAGAUAGAUAGCCUGCUAGCAAGCAAUCCAGGGCACACUGGCAGCAGGGCUGGAAAAGGAAGGAGAGCUUGCAACUACGUCUCACCUGUGGCUGUCCAUCGACUGAGCUGUAAGAUUUCCGCUAAUCAGCGCAAAGCAGAAAUAAGCGCAAAAGUAAACAAACAAUGAAAAACACAUGCCAAGAGUCAUGACAUCAUUACCUAUGUCAUCUCCUCCAAUCAGCAUUUCGCAUCAACUUUUUCAAUGCAGAUAUUCAAAUUCCAGAGACAUAGUUGCAAGCUUUCCUCCUUUUUCUCAGAGAGCUUGCUCGCAGGCCAAAAGAUAGAGCGACGUAUUAUCUCUCCAUGACAUGUUCUGGGAGUGGAAGGGUGAUAAUUACAUCAUCUUUGUCUGGUUUGGUGAUACAACGGAACCUCUUGUUAGCAACCACCCAAGGUUUAUUUCUGGCUGAUGAGAGGUUCAUACCAUUAAAAUCAAGCUCUAUAUUAGUUUGAGAAUAGAUUUGUCAAUGAAUUAUUGUAAAGUGCUAUGUAAAUGAUGCUGUAGAAGUUCUGAAAUUAUUAUUAUUAUUAUUAUUAUUAUUAUUAUUACUAUUAUUAUUAUCAUCAUCAUCAAUGUAUUUAGUUCAAAAAUACUUGAAGACAACUUAUUCUUUACAUCAUAGUAAAAUCGCUUUGCAGUGCACAAAAUUUAAAUUCACAAACAUGCUUUUCCAUUUGUCUGCAGAUCAUUAUCAUGUACCUUCAAAUUCUUGAAAGUCAAACCAACACGCUUUUGGCUCAGCAAGCCUGGUAUGUACUAAAACAUCAUUUGUUGUACUUUACUAAUCUGUUGAACAAAUGAUGGCAACCUUUAUUUCCUCUGGAAUUAAAGGUUGUAGCUCUGUCGGUAAACAAAUAAUUACAAUUUACAGUUUUUACAAUUGAAUAGCUGUCAUACUUUGUCAUUAUUAUGCCCACUGUAUCAACUCAGCCGAUCAAACAAACUCUUUCUCCUUCCCUUUGUUGUUUUAAUCUCUUGUCAUUGUUGUUUAUGCCUUUUGUCGGUGGCCUGGGCUGGAAAUCUACAUUAUCUUUGUCCUCUCCGUUAACUGUGAGAGUACUAUUCCUUAUCAAGAUUCAAGAUUUUUAAUAGGGUCUUCUUCUUUUGCGAUUGCAGGAAUUUCAUGAAUGAUAGUUUUAGGACAAACAUUUUUGUACGCUACCCUCCAGAGACAAUAGCCUGUACAUGCAUUUUCCUCUCUGCAAGGCAGCUUGGGGUAUGUAUCAGAAUUGAUUAUCAGGUAUAAGUUAAAACUUAUAAGCAUCACUGCUGUGAUUUGCUGUUUUGUUACAAAUAAUUAAUUUUAUAAUGUUGAAAUGGAUUAAGGCAAUUAAGGAGUAAUGUUUUAAGGUGCUAGAAUAUAACCAUCUGUGCUGUGUAUGGCAGGUUUUCAAAAAGAAAAGGGGAAGCAAAUAGACCAUUUCAGAGCACAUGAUGGUACCCCACAUGCAUCCAUGUGCAUAUGUAUGCAUAAUAUAUGAAAUGACAAAAGAGAACAAUCACAUGGUCUGAAUUGGGAAAACAAAACGUACAAGCUAAAGAGGUCUAUUCUGGGAAUUCUGCAUUUGUAGCACACCCAAAAAUCCCCUUCCUCUUCUCUCAACGCCCACCAUGCAGGCUAGACCAUCCAUGCCAGUUUAGUUCUGUUGUUAACAUGACCUAUUGAGGACUACUCUGGCCUGGGCAGGCAUAUUAAUUUUCACUUACUCAAGUACAGUCAAACCUGUAUUAAGCAGACCUCUGUUAAGUGGUCACCGUCAAUUAAGUGGUCACUUACCGAAGUCCCAGAAACCAUUUCCCUUAAUUACUGCAAAACUGACCCAUAUUAUGCGGUCACCUUUAUUAAGUGGUCGUGGUCACCUUUUCCUAGGUCCCAACAAAUUAUGUUGUAUUGUCUUCACCUCUAUAGACCUUUGUCAAGCGGCAACCAUUGCUGUGCAUAAACAAAGCUUUUUCAAUCUCCUGAGACAACACAGCCACUGGGUGACAAAGGUCUAUUAAACGGUCACUUUAAGAAGAUGUACCAUAACAGUGCAUAACUGUGUAUGGCAUCAAGUGGUCUUAACUUUUUUUCUCUUGUUCCAAGAAGAGGUGGAAAAAGUAAUGGUCAAUUUGUCCUGGGAUAGAUAUUUCACCCUUUGACUACCUUCAUUUUCUAUAAUAACUCUCACGUUUGUCAAACCUGUAUUAAACAGUUAACCUGUAUUAAGCGGUCAGUAAGCCAUUCCCAAAGGGUUACCACUUAAUACAGGUUUGUCUGUAAUUGUGACUACAGUUACAAAACUUGGGGACUUGGCUUUGCAUCAAAAAAGUACAAUAUUACGUAUUUUAUUUAAGUCUUGCUCAACCGUAAUAUCGACAACACUGAUCGAGUAUUACGGUAGAAGUUUUGUCAUUGAAACAAAUUGACCUGCAUGUAUUAACAAUGUGGAACCUUGAUGCUAACUCAGUUUCCGUUAUAGAUUUGCUUACCCACAAGACCGCCAUGGUGGGAGUUGUUUGGGGCCAAAAUAGAAGACCUUGAGGUAUGUUGUUUUGACAAUCAUUUAUGAAUUGCAUGCACUGUUACAUGUUACAUUGUAAGUAUUGUACACCAAAAACCUUUUUCUUUAUUUCUAAAAAACAACUAAUGCUCUUCAAAAGCAUAGCCAGUAGUGGUGUUGAGUUUUUGUCCAGACUCAGAAAUAAGCAUAAUUUUACAUUUGAAUAUCUCUGAGAGUACUGCUGAGAGUAAAAAGUUGAGGUGUUUGAUAGUUCCAAGCCUCAAUGUGUUCACAAAUUCGUUUUCCUGAUACAACACUGACGAUAGCAAACCGAUGUGUGAAUUAUUUCCUUUUAAGACCUCGAUAUCUGUCCAUUGUCAUGAUCAUGUCUUCAAGUUAAAUUUCUUAAUUGUUUCAAAAGUUAUCACAUUUUGUCUCUGGAGAAUCUGAAUGUAUGCUUUAUGUUAUCUUAGGGUGCUUUCCAUUUGUCAGAGCUGACUGGCCAGAUCAUUUCAGUCAUAACAAGAAUUUCACUUUUAAUCAAAACUAUCCAGUCAGAUCAGUCAGAUCCCAAAUAGCGUGCACAAAGGAAAUGGUGUUCAACAAAAACUCUUGGAAAAAAGCAUGUUUAUUGUCAAAACGACUUGUCCAGCUAUGGCACCGUCAGCCAGUUCUGACUUUUGGAAGGUGUCCUCAGUAAAAAAUUAGUUCAUGUACUUUUCUGCGUUAAUUGAGUAAACAACAACUUUGCUUUGUUCUACCUGAUUUUUUCACAGGAAAUUAGCCUGACACUGUUAAGUUUGUACCUGAGACCAAAGGUGAAUAUUUUGUUGAACUCUACUGUUUUCAUUCAAAAUUAAGGUAGACUUUCCUCAAGUCAAUGCCACUUCAGUUCUGUGGAAUUCACUUUGUUUAGAUUUAGUUGCUACUGAGAAAAAAUCCAAAUAAAUUAAUCUAUUAUUAGCCUCCCAGUUCGGUUUAAUGAAGCAGGACUGUUAGUUUUCCUUAUUAGUCCUGUAGAGGUUUAUCUGUAAGUUCGUGAGUACAGUCAAACCUCCACUAACGGCCACCUCUCUACAAUUGCCACUUUCUUCUGUCCCCAAGGUAGCCAUUGUAGAGAGGUUGAACUGUAAUCAUUUGUUGUCAGCUGGGAUGGAAAUUACUUUGUUCUUUUAAAAAAUAUAUUCCUGAUCAGAGAACCCGCAUUUAGGCUGUUUCAAAAGAAGGCUGUUUUUAAAAAUAUUUUGCUGUUCUGCAAGAACCUUAAACCAUUACAUUCUGAAAGCGUCCAGAAUCUCAAAUUUCUCUUAAACAUUACAUCACUUCCUAUUCAAACAUUUAUAGAAGGAUCAUAAAGGAGAUGACCAUCCAAGAUAAAAUGCCCUUAUUGUUAAGUGAAUUCCAUUCCUCAGCUAAACAGCAUCGAGAGGAAAGGUCUCUUGCCUUGAGACAUUCAGGGGUAAACUGGGAAUAAAUAUCUCAAAUUUGUGAAUGCUUUUCCAGUGUUGUGUGUCAACCAAUCAUAUGUCUUGAAGUUGCAAGGUAAUGCAUAAGCGAAUUGAAGUUUUUAAAUUGUAAUGGACAAUCUUUAGCAAUUCCUUGAUUAGUCUAUCUUCAAAUUCUCGCAUAUGAAUCACAGGUUUUUGAUUGAUUUUUGUUUUUGUUUUUGUUUUUCUGAGGGCCAUGUGUAGAUUAUCGAGAUAUUAAGUGCUACCCUCGAUAAAAAUUGUUAUUAUUAUUAGUAGUAGUGGUAGUGGUAGUGGUAGUGGUAGUGGUAGUGGUAGUGGUAGUAAUGCAUCAGUUUCCUUUAUCACAGGCCAACCUAGACACCCUACAGAAAUCUGUUGGAGAAAUUCGCAAAGAAUUGGAGCAGAAAAAGAAAGAAACUAAACAAGAUGGUGCUGGCACCGUUGGUAACUCCACUCCUAACCUGUCUCCUGUGGGGGUAACUACAACAACUGCCAGGGACGACUCCCGGUCAGGUAUGUACCGUCAUCUACUUAAUUAAAAUUGGAUAUUUUUUUGACGAUUCACGGGGCAUUGUCACUUGAGUCGGCUACACACCCACGCGUUCUUUGUGUCGUCACGCAACGCUCCUCUUGUGGGGCGGAACGUUGCGUGACGAUACAAAGAACGGCUGUGUUGCAGACUAAUUCUCUCAAUCUUUUAAGAGUGAUCAGGAUCAAAACUCUUCUUGUGAUAUAAUUGCUUUAUAAAACACUUAGGUGGCGAGAAUUAAUGACUUGAUCACAUAAGGUGAAUCUAGUUGAUUCUCGAACACCUCCCCACUACUUUAUAUGACACUUGUAGGGACAGCAAAUAAAAAUGUGAAUUAUGAUAGUAGUGUUUUAAUGGACAUAAGCCAUUUUGGAGUUGCCCAAGCCUUUGCUGAAAACUCGGAAGUGGCUUUUUUGUCACUGUUCACUCCCAGUUAAUUGGCUUUUUUGCUCAUUGAUAAAAGCACUGCACCUGUUUCUCAGAGGUCCUGCGUUCAAAUGGGUCAUGGGUUUUCGCAACUGCUUUAGUUUUGUUCAUAACUGCGGUGACCUUUCACGUCUUAAACCUCCCUCCUGCUGUUCAAUUAUGUCAAACUCAUAUAUUAUUCACUUUUAUAACAGUUAAUGCAGAAAGUCAAGGGGAGCUAUCAGAUCUUGUAGCAAACACAUGUGGCCUGAUCUAUGGGAUAAGUUGUACAAUCUUGGAUCCUGGCAGUUAUGACAUAGGAUUUUUAACCUUACAGCCACCUUUCCUGUAGCCCAUGUUGCAGGCGUCGAAAGGGGUAGGGGAUUGGGAAAAAGAGAAAAGGAAGGAGGAUUUGGGAGAGGGUGAUCCUUUUUCCCUUUCGCGCUUUUCUCCAUCUUCCACUUUACCUCCCCUCCCAUAUUUGCGCCCGCUGCGCAGGCUACCACCCACCCUAAAUCAAUUACUUUUAACGUGAAAUCAGGUUCGAGACCUUCUUCACCAAGUAAAGUGUCGCCAUCAUCUACUACAAACCAAGCUGACGGGAAAAAGAAGAAAAGUUCCUCUAAGGUGGACGACGAUAGGAGGACGAGAGAACGGUAAAUAAACUUUGUUUUUUUCUAAUUAUGAUGCAAGCAGUAUUAACCCUUAUGCCUGUGAUGUUAUUGUGAAAAAGAAGGUAUCGUGAAACUCCUACCCUUCAGAUGGGGCCAAUUCAUUGUAGCCGUGUAAACUAGCAACUGGAUUUACGUUUUCUUGCGUUGUUUCGUUAUUGUCAAGUGGUCGCCAUGACAUGACAUGACAUGUUCUCUAUGCUGUCUUUCGUACAUUUCUUUUAGUUUUAAUCAGGAGAAUUUGUUUAAAUAGCGUUACGUUAUUUUAUUUUCAUCCCCUUUGUUUGAUCAGCAGUGAUCUUUUUACACGGCCGAGAAGUUAGAUAAUGGAGGCGCUUUAAGAUUUAAGUGGAGCUCUUGACUCGUUGUUGGCUGGUUAUGGAUUUGCAUGUUUAGAGUACGUUUUUAAUUUAUUUUUGUCUAAUUUGCAGGGAAAGGCGCCGCAGUCAUUCCCCGGUCAAUCGCCGCUCUCGGAGCCGUUCGGAAAGUCCAACACGUAGUCGCUCUCGGAGCCGAUCGAGAAGUUACAGCAUAUCAAUCAGUCCCGACAAUCCCAGUAGGAGUGACUCUUACAGCAGCGACGAAAGCCCAGACAGGCAAAAAGUGACUGGGAAGAGUAAACGACCACGGAGCCCUGCCCGAGGAAGGGACGAUGAAAAACGCUCUCGGCCCCGGAAGUACGACGGAGAGUACGUUCGGAAAAAGGGGAGAACCGACGGAAGUGUGAACAGUUAUAAAAAGGACAAAGCGCGGGAACGAAGUAGGUCGCCGUUGUCUCGGAGCCGGAGUAGAUCUCGUAGCAGAAGCCGAAGCCCGACAAGACUCAAACGGCAUCGUGGAAAAUACGAGCGGGAAACGAAGAAACGAGAUGAUAGACAUCGCGAUCGGAAUGGAGUGGACUAUCGUUCGUCCAGGGACAAGGGACGUGAUCACGGAAGGCACCGAAGAUAACGCUAGUGAAAUUUUUGUAA